UUCCUCUGGCCGGCUGCCGUAGUGGCCCAUUUCCUCUGGCCGGCUGCCGUAGUGGCCCAUUUCCUCUGGCCGGCUGCCGUAGUGGCCCAUUUCCUCUGGCCGGCUGCCGUAGUGGCCCAUUUCCUCUGGCGAGGAACAUCUGAAAAGCAUUCCCUUGGGAUGAGUGUAGUGAUUUAACACAGACGAAGAAACACAUUACUAAACUGUCAGUUUUAUUAUUCAGUAGAUAUAUUGAGAUACUAAAAUUCUGCCUGACAUUUUCAGUUCAGUGUUCAAACUUGUUUCUUGAAACCUCUAACCUGAUAUAGAUUUACCACAAUAAAGGAGGAAUACCGCUCUGCAAUCAACCCUCUUAUUUUCCUGCAUUUUACUUUCCGUUUGAUCAAUUCAUUUCCCAUUUUAACUUAUUUUUAUUGUACAUUUUUUUUCUGGAUUCCUUCAUGUAAGCCGCCCAAUGGUAUUUAUUUGGAACACUGUUUUUAGGAGGAUAUACCCUACCUUCGUUGGCCACAACUUUUCUCCUAAUGCUCAUCUAUGGUUAUUCAUCAUGCUGCUCCUACUUGGAAUGAGAUCUAAGCCACUCUCUGUCUGAUGACUGGUGUUUGAAGGUAACAGGUUUUCUUCCCCAUUUGUUACUGUGCCUACAGGCUUUUGUAGUUGGCUGUGUGAAGUCCACAGGGGAACGACCACCUCUGAGACCAGGCCUAGGUGUGACUGAAGCCUCCCAUACUGCCAAUACACUAAGGAAGAACCAUGACGUGGAAAGCCCAUUUUUGAAUAACGGAGAGCCAUGACGUGGAAAGCCCAUUUUUGAAUAACGGAGAGCAAAACAAGGGAACUGCAACACAUCCUCCAUUGGAAAUAGACCACUAAUCCAAAUACUAGCCUACCGUGUGCAACAGGAUGUCAAGCAGGAGAUUAUGAAGUGGAAUGGUUGGGGGUACAGUGACUCCAAAUUCCUCUUUAACAAGAAGGGCCAAGCAGAGUUUACAGGCAAAAGGUAUAGGCUAAGCGGGAUGACCCUGCCCAGUUUGCAGGACUGGUUUGAAAAUACCUUUGGUGCCAGUGUGAAGCAUAAAAGCCCUGCGACACCCGUCCUGAAUGUCAGCGCUGUGCCGCCGCCCAGACUGAACGAGGCAUUCGUAGAGAACCUGAAGGCCACAGGCAUCCCAUUCUCCAAUGAGGCGGGGGACAGGGUGUUCCGUGCCCAUGGUCAUUGCUUACAUGAAAUCUUUGCUCUCAGAGAAGGGAAGACAUUUGAGCGUGUUCCAGACAUGGUGGUGUGGCCAAACUGCCACAACGAUGUGGUGAAAAUUGUGGCGCUGGCAUGCAAGCACAAUGUUUGUUUGAUACCGUACGGCGGAGGGACCAGUGUGACCAGUGCUCUAGAGUGCCCCCCGGAGGAAACCCGCUGCAUCGUCUCUCUGGAUACUUCCCAGAUGAACCGCAUAUUGUGGAUCGACGAGAAGAAUUUAGUCGCCCACGUUGAAGCUGGCAUCAUCGGUCAGGAUUUGGAGAGAUUACUCAACGAGAGAGGCUACUGUACGGGGCAUGAGCCAGACUCCAUGGAGUUCAGUUCGCUGGGCGGCUGGGUGGCUACUAGAGCAUCAGGCAUGAAGAAGAACGUAUAUGGUAACAUUGAGGACCUGGUGAUCCACAUAAAGGCGGUGACCCCUCGAGGGGUGAUGGAGAAGAGCUGCCAGGGGCCACGCAUGUCCACUGGGCCAGACAUCCACCACUUCAUCCUGGGCUCAGAAGGAACCCUUGGUGUGGUUACCGAGGUAACGAUGAAGAUCCGACCAAUCCCAGAGUACCAGAAGUAUGGCUCGGUGGUCUUCCCUAACUUUGAGGCAGGCGUGGCCUGCUUACGAGAGGUUGCCAAGCAGAGGUGUGCACCGGCUUCCAUCCGGCUCAUGGAUAACAAACAGUUUCAUUUCGGUCAUGCCCUGAAACCUCAAGUGUCGUCCAUUUUCACACAUUUUGUCGAAGGGUUAAAGAAGUUCUACAUCACCAAGUUGAAAGGUUUCGACCCCCAGCAGUUGGUGGUUGCCACCCUUCUGUUUGAAGGGGACCGCGAGAGGGUCCUGCAGCAUGAAAAACAAGUUUACAACAUCGCAGCGACAUUUGGGGGCCUGGCAGCUGGAGAGGACAAUGGGCAGAGAGGCUACAUACUGACCUUUGUCAUCGCUUACCUCCGGGACUUGGGGAUGGACUACUGUGUGGUCGCAGAAUCCUUUGAGACAUCGGUGCCUUGGGACAGGGUAUUGGACCUUUGCCAGAAUGUCAAAGAGAGAAUUAUCAGAGAGUGUAGAGAAAGAGGAGUCCAGUUUCAACCGUUGACCUCAUGUAGAGUGACUCAGACCUAUGACUCUGGCGCAUGUGUUUACUUCUACUUUGCCUUCAACUACAGAGGACUGGCGGAUCCAGUACAUACAUACCAACAAGUGGAGCAUGCUGCCAGAGAGGAGAUCCUAGCCAAUGGAGGAAGCCUCUCGCACCACCAUGGAGUUGGGAAACUUCGGAAGGAGUGGAUGAAGGACAGCAUCUCUAAGGUGGGCGUCGGGAUGCUCAAGUCCGUUAAGGAAUACGUGGACCCGGAAAACAUUUUCGGCAACCGAAACCUCCUCUAAUUUAUUUACAUGACAUUUUAUAACAGCCUCUUGGAAUAAUGGUUACUAAAUAUGACAAGAAGUAUCAAUGUCUUUCACCUUCGGUGUGACUUAGUCAGUUGUGCAGUCAACAUCAGUCAGAUGACUUGCCUUGCAUUACAUUACUGCACUUAACAUGCUGUAACAAUAAUUGUCUAUGAUUCAUUUAGAAGCUCAUUGCAUCAAGUCCUCAGUAAUGUCCUCAACCAGGAUGAUAUGGUGAAUGAAGCAGUCAGGUCCUCGUCCAGGAUGAUAUGGUGAAUGAAGCAGUCAGGUCCUCAGUAUUGUCCUCAACCAGGAUGAUAUGGUGAAUGAAGCAGUCAGGUCCUCAUCCAGGAUGAUAUGGUGAAUGAAGCAGUCAGGUCCUCGUCCAGGAUGAUAUGGUGAAUGAAGCAGUCAGGUCCUCAGUAUUGUCCUCAACCAGGAUGAUAUGGUGAAUGAAGCAGUCAGGUCCUCAUCCAGGAUGAUAUGGUGAAUGAAGCAGUCAGGUCCUCAACCAGGAUGAUAUGGUGAAUGAAGCAGUCAGGUCCUCAACCAGGAUGAUAUGGUGAAUGAAGCAGUCAGGUCCUCGUCCAGGAUGAUAUGGUGAAUGAAGCAGGCAGGUCCUCAUCCAGGAUGAUAUGGUGAAUGAAGCAGUCAGGUCCUCAUCCAGGAUGAUAUGGUGAAUGAAGCAGUCAGGUCCUUGUCCUGGAUGAUAUGGUGAAUGAAGCAGUCAGGUCCUCAACCAGGAUGAUAUGGUGAAUGAAGCAGUCAGGUCCUCAUCCAGGAUGAUAUGGUGAAUGAAGCAGUCAGGUCCUCAACCAGGAUGAUAUGGUGAAUGAAGCAGUCAGGUCCUCAUCCAGGAUGAUAUGGUGAAUGAAGCAGUCAGGUCCUCGUCCAGGAUGAUAUGGUGAAUGAAGCAGUCGGGUCCUCGUCCAGGAUGAUAUGGUGAAUGAAGCAGUCAGGUCCUCGUCCUGGAUGAUAUGGUGAAUGAAGCAGUCAGGUCCUCAACCAGGAUGAUAUGGUGAAUGAAGCAGUCAGGUCCUCGUCCUGGAUGAUAUGGUGAAUGAAGCAGUCAGGUCCUCAACCAGGAUGAUAUGGUGAAUGAAGCAGUCAGGUCCUCAUCCAGGAUGAUAUGGUGAAUGAAGCAGUCAGGUCCUCGUCCAGGAUGAUAUGGUGAAUGAAGCAGUCAGGUCCUCGUCCAGGAUGAUAUGGUGAAUGAAGCAGUCAGGUCCUCGUCCAGGAUGAUAUGGUGAAUGAAGUAGUGUGUAUCAUACUACCGAUAUUACUGUAAAUGUGUACUGUUGAUCAUUUCAGUCCCGUGUACACAACACGCCGUAAGAAUGGCCUUUUCAUAUUGUACAUGAUGCAGGGUCACUUUUUCUGAUCCCAUAUUUUCCUACAAUUUCCCAUAAUUCUUUCCAAUUUCAUUAACUAGAUUUUUUUUUUUUGUAGAUGUUUAUUUACCUGUGUUUGGCACUACUUUAGCAGUGAGUUCUAGAUGAAUGCUUUUUCUAAAGCUCUGUGCCUUUCUGAAGAUGUCUGUCUUCACCCUUUCCUACACACACACACUGUGGAAGCUUGACUGGUUUGUUUAUGGCGUCCUGUAUCUUCCCUUAUAAUGUGCGUGUCCUUCAUUCUAGAUUCCCUGUUUCCAGUUGGUCUUUGUUUCUCUCCUCAAGCCUUGUAUUACUUAUACUAUUAAUGAUUGCCAAGAGAUGUGUAUUUUGUUGUACCUACCUAGGAGGAUUUAUAUUACGUUGAAGUCGUGCCUCUUCUGAAAAUGUAUCUUAAACCCAAACGUUAAAACGGUUUAGGAAGAAACUAGGAUAUGAUGCGUGUCAACUUUAUUUGUUUUUUAAAAUUGUUUUAUUUUAUAUUUGACCUUUGUGUAACGGAUGUGAAAUGGCUAGCUAGUUAGCGGGUGCGCGCUAGUAGCAUUUCAAUCAGUUACGUCACUUGCUCUGAGACUUUAAGUAGGGUUUCCCCUUGCUCUGGAAGGGCCGCGGCUUUUGUGGAGCGAUGGGUAACGACGCUUCGUGGGUGACUGUUGUUGAUGUGUGCAGAGGGUCCCUGGUUCGCGCCCGUGUCGGGGCGAGGGGACGACGUAAAGUUACAUCUGUUACAUUUGCAUGGUCUUUGCCUGUCAUACAGAGUUCCGUUUGUGGACAGACACAAUGUACUUGGAUCAUACAUGCUUUUAGUGUGAACGUGUUACAGACGACUGAAUCCCAAUACCCAUGUUUGUACCAAAGACUUUCAGCACAACCCUUUCACUACUUUAUACAGGCCAUGCAAACAUCCUGAAUGUAUAGGUCUGUACAUGCCGUAUAGUUAAAUGUAUGGGACGUUAAUACAUGAACCUAUAUCCUGAUGAAACAGUUUUUUUUUUAAUUCAGAUAUGCAAAUGUCCAAAUAUCAAAAGAUGUGUUCAUAUUUGUUACUUUAAAUGUUACAUGUUCAUGUCAAAGAAAAACAUUUUCGUUAAAUUCAAUUACAAUAUUUUGUCACUACUUAAAACAGUUGCUUGUAGUUAGAGGUUGUAUUUAUCCCUGGUGAGCGUCCCAGCGGUGUGGUUUUGUUGCAAAGGAGACAUUUGAGUGAAAGAUAAUUGUACCUUUGUCACAAUUUACAGAUGAUUAUGCUGAUCAGUUUGGCCUCUUUGCGAGGCAUGUGUCGAUGUUGUGCCCAGUCCUAAACUCAGACAUGGGAUUCUACUGUACGGUGCUAAAGUAAGAUACAUGAAAUAUAUUGCUACCGUUUUCCUGUCACUACUGCGUGACUGUGUUCCUCCUGCUCUCAGCCUCGCAGCUUUCCCACAGUGCAUUGUCACCUUCCUGCCCAAGUAUCUCACCUCUCCAAUGAAAAUGUUGUCAAAGGAAAUGGUGGAGCCGGAGGCAGCGUUUUAUCUAAUCAGUUUCAUGCUUUUACUACCUGUGAUGGUUCCCGAAAGAGAACUUAAUGAGAGCUUGAAAUCUGAAUGUUAUGGUGUACUUUUUUUCCCUCUUGUUAUUCAAUUCUUUAAAAAGUUAACAUUUAAGUACAUUUUAUCAAUGAUGUUUGUGCAAUAAAUACAUUGAAAUGAAACAA